AUGACAAAGAGCACAGAGCUGACACCCACGUACAUCGAAUCGGAGAAGCUUCCAUACUGGCUUGUCAAUCUACCCCAGGACCAAUGGCCGGCAGAGUGUCCUGACUUUCUCUGCAAUCUACCAGCUAAAUCAAUUAAAGUCCUCUCAACGCCUGAUGAUGAAUACGUUCGGCAGAGCUGGGAGCUGGCCCAACAAUUCAUAGCCUCAAAUCGAAUUGAUCUCUUUCAGCGUGUGCCCUCCGAUCUAAGAAAAUACCUUGAGUAUACAUCUCGAAUUGUGUCCAAAUAUGGCUCGGUCAUGGAUUUCGUCGUCCGGGAACGGCUUCAUUGGGAGAAUGCUAUGACACCUAAAGGAUCACGACCAUUUGAGAAUCCCGAGGACCACAAGAUUCUGUUUAACGACUGGCCAUACGGGAUUGAAAAAGAUAUCGUCCAUUUGGUGGUGUGGACGAAGUUUGCGUUCGAGGACGAUCCGAUAGCAGAUGAUCUUACCCUUCGCGCGCGAAAAGAAAUCGAUGACUUUGUUGGAUCGGUAUUUCGGGCCAGGGUUCCUGCUGAAAGGGUGAUUUGGUUUCGGAACUGGAAAUCCUUAAAGUCUGUUCAUGCUGUCGAGCAUUUCCAUGUUAUGCUGUACCAGCCUGAUAUGGAAUUUGUUCGCGAAGUCACAAAUGGGGAUGUUCCGUUGAUUGACAAGGAUGCAGUCAGUGCAGUUGCAUAA